CGCGUCAGUGCGGGACGCUUCUCUGUCAGCUCAGAACCGCAGAGAAGAAGAUGGCGGCGCUACGAGUCUCGGUGCUAUCGGGGAGUGGGAGAGUGUGUCUCCUCCUCACACCGAAAACUAUCAAGACCCCCGUGGCCAAAAUGUCCUUCGCCAGUUUGCCGCGGAGCAAGAAGGUUGCCCUGACCACGAUGGGCGUGGUCACAGCCGGGGGGGCGGGGCUCGCCCUGAUGCUGCACCAGUCCGUCAAAGCCUCCGACCUGGAGCUCCACCCCCCCAAUUACCCCUGGAGCCACGCUGGACCUCUAUCCUCUCUGGACCACGCUAGUAUUCGUCGUGGCUACCAGGUGUAUAAGCAGGUGUGUUCAGCCUGCCACAGUAUGGAGUACCUGGCCUUCAGAAACCUGGUGGGAGUGUCGCACACAGAGGCCGAGGUUAAGACCAUCGCCGAGGAGGUUGAGGUAGUGGACGGUCCCGAUGAGACUGGAGAGAUGUUCACCCGGCCAGGAAAGCUGUCGGACUAUUUCCCAAAGCCCUACUCCAACCCUGAGGCGGCCCGCAACGCCAACAACGGAGCCCUGCCUCCAGAUCUCAGCUACAUCGUCAACGCCAGACACGGAGGAGAGGACUACGUGUUCAGCCUGCUGACGGGAUACUGCGACCCCCCGGCAGGAGUGGAGGUGAGAGAAGAUCUCUACUACAACCCGUACUUCGUUGGCCAGGCCAUCGGCAUGGCCCCGCCCAUCUACAACGAGGUGCUGGAGUAUGACGACGGAACCCCUGCCACCAUGAGCCAGGUUGCUAAAGACGUGUGUACGUUCUUGAGGUGGGCCGCCGAGCCAGAGCACGACCAACGUAAACGCAUGGGACUGAAGCUGCUGAUGGGCGCCGGCAUCGUCGUCCCUCUGCUCUACUACAUGAAGAGGCACAGGUGGUCCGUGCUGAAGAGCAGGAAGAUCGCCUACAGGCCUCCCAAGUAAACGGAGAUCAAACUCCCCCCUUACCCAGGCCUAAAACCUACCAGAGAGGGCCGCGUUCAACGACCCCACAACUACCAUACGGACAAAAAAAACAGAACUGCCGAACACGCACACAUGCCUUUCUAGGAGGAGGUAGAGAAAUGAGAAUAUAUGUUUAGGUUUAAAGAAAGCUUGUCUUUAGUUGUUGGGUGCGGUAGAACCAAUAGUGCGACAGAUUGUUCCUGCAUCUGGAAUACUGUGGUGCAAGUUUGUGUCAGAGUUGUGGCGUUCUUGAAUGCACCUUCCACAAAAGUUUUGUUUGUUUUAUCUGGCAGCAGUUGAGGUCUUGACAUUUCGUAUCAGACGCUUUGUCACAAACCGACUGAGUUGCUUUGACUGCCCGUCUUUGUAAGAUGCUAAAUAAACCCAUACAAGCGCAGAGAAAAUGGUUGCAUCAAAGUUUGUAACAUCCUCCCCUGUCCUCUCCACAAAGCCACUGGGUGGAUGCAAUGCAGCCUCUGAACCUCUGUUUUACUGUACAAAAAUAAAUUAUCUUAAAGGAAAUGUUCCGUGUGGUGUUCUUCUCUUUCUAGCGGACGUUACACACAAACACACUUUUUUGUUUUUUUUAUUAUUCUGCCCGUGUCGUGCUGUCUGACUCGUUGAAUCUGCUUCUACGCUUUGUCAUGUAAAUAUUUAAUAAACUGGUGAAUGAACAA